AUGACACGUUCAACAUUACCGCAACGGUUGUUGCAGGCAGUAUUGCUAUGUCUCUGUACAGCGUAUACCAAUGCUCUGACCUUGGACACGACCAGUGCAGAUUCCAUUAGGGAGGUCUCGUCGCAAGUCGCAUACGGAUUGAUGAAGUGGUAUACCGGCAACCACACUGGAGAUGUACCUGGAAACUUGCCUGCGCCAUACUACUGGUGGGAGGCUGGCGCAAUGUUUGGAGAGAUGGUCGAAUACUGGUACUACACUGGAGACACAACAUACAACGCCGAGGUCAAGCAAGCCCUGUUACAUCAGGUUGGAGACAACAACGAUUACAUGCCGGCCAAUCAGACAAAGAGCUUGGGAAACGACGAUCAAGUUUUCUGGGCCUUCGCCGCAAUGACAGCUGCUGAAGUCGGUUUCGAAGAUCCUCCGGAAGGCUCCCCCUCGUGGCUAUCGCUAGCACAAGCCGUUUUCAACGAGCAAACAGAUCGAUGGGACACUGCAUCCUGCGGUGGUGGUCUUCGCUGGCAGAUCUACUCCUUUAACGUCGGGUACAACUACAAGAACGCCAUCUCUAACGGAGGUCUUUUCCAUCUCGCUGCUCGUCUCGGUCGCUAUACCGGCAAUCAGACAUAUAUCGACUGGGCCAACAAAGUCUGGGAUUGGUAUGAAGAUUCGGCUCUAUGGGACGCAAAAGAUUACAAGAUUCUCGAUGGUGCAAGCACAACAACCAAUUGUUCUCAGGGCAGUCAAGAGCAAUGGUCUUACACAUACGGUGUUUUCCUGGCCGGCUUUGCCUAUAUGUACAACCACACUGAGAACGACAUCUGGCUCAAUCGUAUCGACGGCAUGCUAAACACAACGACUGCCACCUUCUUCCCUGCGAACAUGGGUCCCAACAUCAUGGUCGAGACGACUUGCGAACCCCUCGGAAACUGCAACAACGAUCAAAAAUCCUUCAAAGCCCAUCUCGCUCAGUGGAUGGCCGUUACUGCACAACUUGCUCCUAAAUACCAUGACAGAAUAUUCGAUCUGCUGGCGCCAUCUGCUAAAGGCGCUGCCGGACAGUGUGACGGUGGAUCAGAUGGCAUGACCUGCGGCAAGAGGUGGAAUAGUACCGUCUGGGACGGCACCUACGGCGUAGGUGAACAAAUGAGCGCUCUAGGUGUGAUUCAGACAAACAUGAUCAAUGUUGUGUCUUUGAAGCCGCCAUAUACAUCAGUCUCUGGCGGUACCAGCAAGAGCGAUCCAAAUGCUGGUACUGGCUCAAGUGGCACAUCGUCUUCAAACGGUCAGGCGAUUGUUUUGUCGACUAUAACUCUCGGUGACAGAGCUGGUGCUGGUGCUAUCACUGCUGUCAUUAUUCUCUUCACUCUUUGCGGAACAGCCUGGUUGCUGAUCGCUUAA